AUGGACGGUGGUGAUCAAAAUGGUGGUGGAGGGUCACGAUGGAACCCAACAAAGGAACAGAUAGAGAUGCUGGAGAGCUUGUACAAGCAGGGUGUACGUACUCCCACUGCCGAACAGAUACAGCAGAUCACCGCCCGCCUCAGGGAAUACGGCCACAUCGAGGGCAAGAACGUCUUUUACUGCCCAUGGUACACAUCAGCAGAGCCUGCAGGGUUUUAUCAGCAGUACCCAAAUGUACAACUGUCUACAGCAGCAGGUGAUUUGAAGGGGGGGAGGUACAACAGGCUGAUGCAUGGGAGCUGCCAAAAUCAUGUGGGCAAAGAGACACUGGAUUUAUUCCCACUUCACCCCACUGGAAUUCUACAAGCCAACAAAAGUGGAGUUAUAGAGAGUGAGGGUAGUUCUGGAAAUGAGAAGAAGAAUAAUUUUGCUGCUGCUGCUGCUGCAGCUUCUUCUCAAAAUGAUAAUUACAAGAAAGCCCAUCACUUUUUUGAUUUUUUCUGCAAAAAUUGA